GAAUUACUCUGAACAAUGACAUAUUUAUUUGCCCUGAAAAGAUUAUACAAGUUAUGGGCUGUGAUGAGCUGUGUGUUGUGGUGGAGAGAGGUGAGGCAAACAGAAGUGAAGCCAGACCGGAAGUCGGCGACACGCGGUCGAAGGCUAGCACGUGGGGUCAGUCAGAAAACAGAGAGGUUACGAGAAAGACUUGUUCUGAUCAGGAGCGAUCGUGUACUCCGCUGCAGUCGACAAGGAUCAAAAGUUGGUAAGAUCAACUCCAUUAUACUAAAUGAUUGUCAAAAACUUCCAUGUGCUGUAAAGAAAGGAACAUUUGCCAACUUCACAGUCAAUUUCACUCCCAACAAAGACAUAUCUGCAAUCAAGAUUGAAGUCUGGGGAAAAAUCUCCCCAUUGCCUCCAAUUCCUUUUAAUCCAGGCAGCCCAGAUGGAUGUAAAAAUACCAGUUUGAAGUGUCCUUUGAAGGCUAACGUCCCUGCUUCGUUAAAAAAUUACCUGGAAGUGAAAAAGUCAUAUCCUACUGUUGCGGUCAUCAACCGCUGGCAACUGACAAACGAGAAGAAAGAGAAAAUCAUUUGUUUCGACAUCAGUUUAAGGAUUGUUGAUUAAUUUGCUUUUCUUGCUUAUUUUCCUUCCACGCACAAAAGACCCGUUUUGCAUUUUUGGUUUGUUUUAAUGCGAAAUAAAUCCAUUUAAAUACAAAUAAAUAUUUCAAAAUAUUCUUCAUAA